CGCGAGACGAGUCGUAGGUGAAAAGUAGUUCAUAUUUUACAAAAGACAUAUUCUUCUCACCCUUAGUUUGUCCUGAGCUGGAAUCCUCGGAGACGGCAUAGAACGCAAGAGCCCGUAGCAUCCAAUAAUACUUCCAGCCUGCAACACUGCAAACCCCAACCAUGAUGGCUUCAUCGUACCGGUCAUUCGAUCUGAACCCAAGACAGUACCUGUCAGGGACACCUUGCGGAAAGUCUGCUCUCGACAGGCUUGAGGAAUGCAGGAACCAGCUCUUCAUCAAGGACCGUCGAACGCACAGUAUACCAGUGAAGGAUAUCUCGGCGGCAGGACGGGUCGAGAAGAUAAACCUCCGGAGUGACGAAAAGCUGAAGGCGUUUCUUGGAGACGUCCCAACAAACGAAAUAGGAAAUGCUUCCUUGUACAGACCAGAUGCAAAAUGUCGAUUUGUGAACCUGUGUGCACCAACCACUGUUGGGCCACUGGAGUUGAGCGAAACGAUGCAACUCCGUUUGAUGACCUUUUACCAAAUCAUGCCUCAGUUCUCGGAUUUCCUCCUCGUUUACGCGUCGGACCACGGUAGGGAUAGAGAACUCCGCUUCAGUGGCUUCCGAACAGACAAGGUCCUAGCGAAUCCCGUUCACGGGACCGUGAUCCCAGAGCUUGGGAGGAGCGGGAGGAGGUACCAGCUCUGCUUCAAUCUCAAGACGGCGGCGCUCAAAGGACGCGAAGACUGGAAGAUUCGACAGGCUGUUUUGCACCACCAGUUUGAUCUGGGCCAAGGCACUCAACUAUGGGUCAUCGGGGACCCUCACGCCACUCUCAAGAGCCGUAUCGCAGCGCUCUUCCGGGAAGGGAACACUUACCCAACCAGCUUCGGCACAGUCGAGGAAGGGUUCAGAUCAUCUCUGGAGGUGCAUCUGGACUUUGCGCGGUGGGCAACGUCGGAAUGGAGAUGGCAUAUAUUAUAUCUCGAGAAGAAAGCAGAGGAAUUUACCAAACCUGCCCGUAUCAGAGACAAGGGGCACAUUGAAAAAUUGGAGCCGGAAAACCUGAGCGACGUCCAGAACUGGGAAGAAAGAACAAACGACGCGAUCAUGGCCAUGGAGUCGAAUAUCAACAUCUUGAAACUGCAGCAAAAGUUCUACAGGGACCUGGUCAAAGACGACGAUUUCCCUGGCCGAGAAAAGCACGGCUGCACGAGAGCGGUAGCGAACUACGAUUCGCAACUGGAGGAGCACAUCUGCGAGACUCAGAUGCAGAUCGUCAGAGCGAAACUGCUCGUCAAAAUGAUCUCGGAUAGGAAAACCAUCCUUAUUCAACACUUUCAGACACAAAAUGCCAUUGUGUCCUCGAUGCUCACGGCCACGAUGUAUAAGCAAGCCAGCCGUAGUGCGGUAGAGGCCAUUGCAGUCCGAAUAGUGACAAUUGUCACCUUGAUCUACCUGCCUGCGACCUUCUCUAGCACUUUCUUCAGCACCGAUAUCAUCAAGUACCAGGAGGGCGAGGUGUUCUCGAUGGUAGCGCUGGAGCGAUUCCUCCAGGUCACCCUUCCCCUGAUGUUCUUGACCUUUGUCUCUUCUGGCUUGUGGUUCUGGAUAGAAUGGCGUAGACGCGCCCGAGACUUCCUCAAGAUUAGAAGUCGCCUUCCCGACGUGUUUGAACCAGAGCUAGAGAAGUCUGCUUCAAAGUGGUAGACAAAAGGGGUGAAGAUAUUCCCCGAUAGUGUGCCUGGUUGCGGAACAGGCAUCCAUCCCAAGGGCUCUGCAGUUUCAGAAAUCGCGAUUUACCACGUUCUUUAGUGUGGCGCAUAGACUAAGAGGACAAAUAAGAGGGCACUAUCGGGAUCUACAUACACUAACUAGCCCUUACAAAUUGGCACGGAGAAUCAGAUAUGACAUGUCAUACUUCUAAAUGCUCAAGAAUUGUAUACUCCUGAGAAACAGUGUCGUCUGGAUCGGAACA